GUCAAGUUAGCAUUUUAGCUCCAAUAUAAUUCAAGAUUUUCAACAUCUCAGUAGUCCUUCAAAAACUACUAAAGCCUUGUUAUUCUUCACCAUAUUUACAGCUCUCCUACUUUUACAGUUUUCUAUCAGUGGAGGAGAACCCUCAAUUAGAGCUACUGGGUUCUCACCAUGCAAAUUUUGUCCAUGAAUCAACAUAUGAUGCCUUUAUCAGCCAAUUAAGGAUCUACUGAGAUGCCAAGAUGGAUCCCUUCACGGUGGGCAUCUUAGUGACCUGUGGACUCAUUCUCAUCAAUGUGGCUGUGGCAGUGGUAGUGGAGCGAUCCCACCACAAGGCCCAUACUGUUGAUGAUCAAGUGAAACCACAAAGCUCCAACCAUGCUUCCACCAGUAAGGAUGAUCCAGAUGAUCCAACCAGGAGACUCAUCAGGCCACAGGACCCAAAAUAUAACUAUACCAAUCUCCAGGGCUCCACAAGCACCAUACUGAAUACAAUGAAGGAUUAUGAAAAUGUAUCUCACACCACAGAGAGGAAUGACUGUGACAACAAAACUACCCAACAAUAUAUCAAUGAUAGUGAUGAUAUGCCACACACCACUGAAAUUGAUACUGACUCACCAGAUGUUAAUGAUAGUGACAUCAACCCCUCACAGACUACUGAAGAAGAUACCAACCUAUCACAAAAUGCUGAAGGUGAUACCAAUCCUGAACACACCUAUGAAAGUGACAUCAGUCUAAUAGAAACCAAUGAGAAUGAUAACAUUCCUACACAAACCACUGAAAGUGACAUUAGUUCUCCAUGUACCAUUGGAAGUGAUACUAGUUCUCAACACAUCAUUGAAAAUUACACCAAUCCUACACCAAAUAUAAAAAAUGAUACCAAUACUACACAAAUGAUUGAAAGUGAUACCAGUUUCCCACAUAAUACUGAAAGUGACACCAAUUCUUCAUACAACAUUGAAAGUGACACCAAUCCUACACCAAAUAUUAAAAGUAAUGCCAAUACUGCACCAACCAUUGAAAGUGAUACCAUUCCUGUACAAGACAUUAAAACUUAUGCCAGUCCUACUCAAACCUCAGAAGAUGACACCAUCUCACCAAGCAUCACUGAGAAUGACACCAUCUCAUCAUUCAUCAGUGAGAGUGACACCAGGUCAUCAAACACCAAUCCUGUUGGCUUUGAUCUGCAGUACACAUGUUAA